AUACCUUCGCGGCAAAGCUGAGGCUGAGGGUCUUCUCUCUCCUCUCCCCGACCGGCAAGCUACACAUUCUCUGCCUGAACACGCGUGAGAACUCUGGAGAGAGGCUUCGGUUUCCCCUUUGCUUAACUACUGAACGCUGCUGUAGAAAGGGCGCGCUCGCUCACGGAGUCAUGGCGAUCGAGGCAUGGUACAUGGAUGAAGACAAGGCGGCUGACCAGAGGCUACCUCACCGCCAGAGUCCAAACGUGGCAUGCGGAACUGCCGAACUCCAGUCGUUGGGUGUGCUGCACUGGGAGCUGGAUGCCGACAAGCACGCGGAUGACCCAGCCUUGGAGAAAAUUCGCCAAGACCGUGGCUACUCGUACCAGGACAUCAUCACCGUGUCGCCGGACAAGCUGGCGAACUACGAGGACAAGAUCAAGUCCUUCUUCGAAGAGCAUAUGCACAGCGAUGAAGAGAUCAGAUACAUCCUAGAAGGCAGCGGAUACUUCGACGUGAGGGCGAAGGACGAGCGUUGGGUGAGGAUCAAGAUGUCCAAGGGCGACAUGAUCACCCUCCCUGCCGGCAUUUACCACAGGUUCACGCUCGACGACACCAACUACAUCAAGGCGAUGCGGCUGUUCGUGGGAGAGCCGGUGUGGACACCCUUGAACAGGCCGCAAGACGAUCACCCCGUCAGGAAAGACUACCUGGCAAACUUCGCCACUGCUGCCGCCACUACCAAGGCAUGAAGAAAAGGCUACACAACACAACACAACAUAUGCAGCACUACAAAAAGCAGUAAAAGCAACAGCAGUGUUGUACGCCGUCGUCGACUGCCUCAACUCUCUUGUUCUUUUUUUGAGGGUGCAUGCAUGCAUAGGGCUGGCCGUGGGAAUGACGAACAGGCGAACAAAGCAGUUAGUUGUCAGACUUUUGUCAGACAGCCUCCAAGCCGAAGGCAUGAGAAUACCUGGCACCAGUACAUCGGAUGGGCUUGUAGAUGUGGUUGGUUGCCGUACCUAAAUGGGCUGGGUAGUCUAUUCAUAGAGGUUAGUUAGGCGGUGAGUGAGAGUUAGCUGUGAUAGCCCCGGACUCGACUUAUGCCCUUUUCCUUUUUCGCCAGAAGGCUCACCAACGGAAGGGUUGUCUCAAGAGAGAACUCCCCGAAAAUGCGCCAGGCCAUACAUUGUAUC